AUGGCGACUACCAGCAAUGUGACUGAGAUCACUUUAUCAGGAUUCUCCCAGAACCGGGAUGUACAGAAGAUAAUUUCUGUGAUUUUCCUCCUCCUGUAUACGGCCAUUGUCCUGGGGAACGGCUUCAUUGUGGUGACUAUCGUGGCCAGCAAAGGGCUCACCUCCCCCAUGUACUUCUUCCUCAACUACCUGUCCUUUGUGGAGAUCUGCUACUGCUCAGUCACAGCCCCCAAGCUCAUCGUGGACUCCUUUAUUGAGAGGAAAGUCAUUUCUGUCAAGGGUUGCAUUGCGCAGAUAUUUUUUCUCCAUUUUUUUGGUGGCACUGAGAUCUUUCUCCUGACGGUGAUGGCCUAUGACCGCUAUGUGGCCAUCUGCAAGCCCCUGCACUACCCGGUCGUCAUGAAUCGGCAUGUGUGUGGCUUCCUGGUGGGGGCGGCUUGGGGUGGAGGCUUGCUGCAUUCUGUAGGGCAAACCUUCCUCAUUUUCCAGCUGCCCUUCUGUGGCUCUAAGGUCCUCGACCACUACUUCUGUGAUGUCCACCCGGUGCUGAAGAUGGCCUGCUCAGACACCUUCCUCAUUGGGGUCCUAGUCAUUGCCAAUGGAGGCUCCAUCUCAGUGGUCAGUUUUGUGGUGCUGCUGGCUUCCUACGUGGUCAUCCUGCACUCCCUGAGGAGCCAGACUUCGGAGGGUCGCCGCAAGGCCCUCUCCACCUGUGCCUCUCAUGUCGCGGUGGUGGGCCUGUUCUUCAUUCCCUGCUCCUUCGUCUACAUGAGGCCCUGCGUCACCUUCCCUGCUGACAAGAUAGUCGCGGUGUUUUACACAGUGGUCACGCCACUCCUAAACCCCGUCAUCUACUCCUUCAGGAAUGCUGAAGUGAAAAGUGCCAUGAAGAAGCUUAUGGGGAGGAAAGUGGUAGGGAGGAGGAGUAGAUGAUGCAGGAAGGGCAGCCAAAAAGGGCCAAAAUGGGGGAAAUUGGGAGCAUCUAAAAUUCCACUCUGAGUCUUUUUUUUUUUUUUUUUUUUUUAGCUGAUGGGAGUGGCCUUGCUCUGUCAUCAUCUUUAUUUUAAACACUUUCUCUCUUUCUUUCUUUCUUUCUUUCUUUCUUUCUUUCUUUCUUUCUUUCUAUCUUCCUUCCUUCCUUUCUCUCUCUCUUUCUUUUCUUUCUUUCUUUCUUCCUUCCUUCUUUUCUUUCUUUCUUCCUUUAUUUUUUAAAAAUUAUCUGCAGGAGGUGGUACAGUGGAUAAAGCACUGAACACUCAAGUAUGAGGCUCUGGGUUUGAUCACAGCAUCAUACAUGUGAGAAUGAUGCUCUGAUUCUCUCAUUCAUAAACAAGUAAUACUAAAAAAAUAAGAUUUAGCUGUUGACUUUUAUGAGAGAAUGAGCAUGAGAUCAGUGUACUGCUCAGUUCUAGCAUAUGCCCAGGACUGAGCUUGGAAAAAUCUUGCUUUCACCUUCUCUCUGUAAGUUUAAAUUUCCCCAGCUUUAUAGGAUUGGCAGAAUUGAGGG